GCGCGCGGCCCCGGCCCCGGCGCUCUGCCGGCGGCGCGCUGCACAUUCUCUCCUGGCGGCGGCGCCACCUGCGGUAGCGUUCGCCCGAACAUGGCGACACGGAGCAGCAGGAGGGAGUCCCGACUCCCCUUCCUAUUCACCCUGGUCGUGUUGCUGCCGCCCGGGGCUCUCUGCGAGGUCUGGACGCAGACACUGCACGGCGGUCGCGCGCCCUUGCCCCAGGACCGGGGCUUCCGCGUGGUGCGGGGCGACCCGGGCGAGCUGCGACUGUGGGAGCGCGGGGAUGCCAGGGGGGCGAGCCGGGCGGACGAGAAGCCGCUCCGGAGGAGACGGAGCGCUGCCCUGCAGCCCGAGCCCAUCAAGGUGUACGGACAGGUCAGCCUCAAUGAUUCCCACAAUCAGAUGGUGGUGCACUGGGCUGGAGAGAAGAGCAACGUGAUCGUGGCCUUAGCCCGGGACAGCCUGGCAUUGGCCAGGCCCAGGAGCAGUGAUGUGUAUGUGUCUUAUGACUAUGGAAAGUCAUUCAAUAAGAUCUCAGAGAAAUUGAACUUCGGCGUUGGAAAUAACACAGAGGCCGUAGUGGCCCAGUUCUACCACAGCCCUGCAGAUAACAAACGGUACAUCUUUGCAGAUGCUUACAUUCAGUACCUCUGGAUCACAUUCGACUUCUGCAAUACCAUCCAUGGCUUUUCCAUCCCAUUCCGGGCAGCUGACCUCCUGCUCCACACUAAGGCUUCUAACCUUCUCCUGGGCUUCGACAGAUCUCACCCCAACAAGCAGCUGUGGAAGUCGGAUGAUUUUGGCCAGACCUGGGUCAUGAUUCAGGAGCAUGUGAAGUCCUUUUCUUGGGGAAUUGAUCCGUAUGACAAGCCAAAUACCAUCUACGUUGAACGGCAUGAACCUUCUGGCUACUCCACAGUUUUCCGAAGCACAGACUUCUUCCAGUCUCUGGAAAACCAGGAAGUGAUCCUGGAAGAAGUGAGAGAUUUUCAACUUCGGGACAAGUACAUGUUUGCAACAAAGGUGGUGCAUCUCUUGGACAGUCCACAGCAAUCUUCUGUCCAGCUCUGGGUCUCCUUUGGCCGGAAGCCCAUGCGAGCCGCCCAGUUCGUUACAAGACAUCCUAUUAACGAAUAUUACAUCGCAGAUGCCUCAGAGGACCAGGUGUUUGUGUGUGUCAGUCACAGCAACAACCGCACCAAUCUGUACAUCUCGGAGGCAGAGGGCCUGAAGUUCUCCCUGUCUUUGGAAAACGUGCUCUAUUACAGUCCAGGAGGGGCUGGCAGUGACACCUUGGUGAGGUACUUUGCAAAUGAGCCAUUCGCUGACUUUCAUCGUGUGGAAGGGUUACAAGGAGUCUACAUUGCCACUCUGAUUAAUGGCUCUAUGAACGAGGAGAAUAUGAGAUCUGUCAUCACCUUUGAUAAAGGGGGUACCUGGGAAUUUCUGCAGGCUCCAGCCUUCACGGGGUAUGGAGAGAAAAUCGAUUGUGAGCUUUCUGAGGGCUGUUCGCUCCACCUGGCCCAGCGCCUCAGCCAGCUGCUGAACCUCCAGCUCCGGAGGAUGCCCAUCUUGUCUAAGGAGUCAGCGCCCGGCCUCAUCAUUGCCACUGGCUCGGUGGGGAAGAACUUGGCUAGCAAGACAAACGUGUAUGUCUCAAGCAGCGCUGGGGCCAGAUGGCGAGAAGCACUCCCUGGACCUCACUACUACACAUGGGGAGACCAUGGUGGCAUCAUCAUGGCCAUUGCCCAGGGCAUGGAAACCAACGAACUGAAGUACAGCACCAACGAAGGAGAGACCUGGAAAGCAUUCACCUUCUCCGAGAAGCCAGUGUUUGUGUACGGGCUCCUCACGGAACCCGGGGAGAAGAGCACCGUCUUCACCAUCUUCGGCUCCAACAAAGAGAAUGUCCACAGCUGGCUGAUCCUCCAGGUCAAUGCCACCGACGCCUUGGGCGUUCCCUGCACAGAGAAUGACUACAAGCUGUGGUCUCCGUCGGAUGAGCGGGGGAAUGAAUGUUUGCUUGGACACAAGACCGUUUUCAAAAGGAGGACCCCGCAUGCCAUGUGCUUCAAUGGAGAGGACUUCGACAGGCCGGUAGUCGUGUCCAACUGCUCCUGCACUCGGGAGGACUAUGAAUGUGAUUUUGGCUUCCGAAUGAGUGAAGACUUGUCGUUAGAAGUGUGUGUUCCAGAUCCGGGAUUUUCUGGGCAGUCAUUCUCCCCUCCCGUGCCGUGUCCCGUGGGCUCUACUUACAGGCGAACCAGAGGCUACCGGAAGAUUUCUGGAGACACCUGUAGUGGAGGAGAUGUUGAGGCGCGACUGGAAGGAGAACUGGUGCCCUGUCCUCUGGCAGAAGAGAACGAAUUCAUCCUGUAUGCCAUGAGAAAGUCCAUCCACCGCUACGACCUGGCCUCAGGAACCAUGGAGCAGUUGCCACUCACUGGCUUGCGGGCAGCAGUGGCCUUGGACUUUGACUAUGAGCACAAUUGCCUGUACUGGUCUGACCUGGCUUUGGACAUCAUCCAGCGCCUUUGUUUGAAUGGGAGUACAGGACAAGAGGUGAUCAUCAAUUCUGACCUGGAGACCGUAGAAGCUUUGGCUUUUGAACCCCUCAGCCAGUUACUCUACUGGGUGGAUGCAGGCUUGAAAAAGAUUGAGGUAGCUAAUCCAGAUGGUGACUUCCGACUCACAGUUGUCAAUUCUACCAUGCUUGACCGGCCUCGGGCCUUGGUCCUUGUGCCCCAAGAGGGGAUUAUGUUCUGGACUGACUGGGGAGACCUGAAACCUGGGAUUUAUCGGAGCAACAUGGAUGGUUCUGCUGCCUAUCGCCUUGUGUCAGAGGAUGUGAAGUGGCCCAAUGGCAUUUCGGUGGACGAUCAGUGGAUCUACUGGACGGAUGCCUAUCUGGACUGCAUUGAGCGCAUCACCUUCAGCGGCCAGCAGCGCUCGGUCAUCCUGGACAAGCUGCCACACCCCUACGCCAUUGCUGUGUUUAAGAAUGAGAUUUACUGGGAUGACUGGUCACAGCUCAGCAUAUUCCGAGCUUCUAAGUACACCGGCUCCCAGAUGGAGAUUCUGGCCAGCCAGCUCACAGGGCUGAUGGACAUGAAGAUUUUCUACAAGGGGAAGAAUACCGGAAGUAAUGCCUGUGUUCCCAAGCCAUGCAGCCUGCUUUGCCUGCCCAAGGCCAACAACAGCAAGAGCUGCAGGUGUCCAGAUGGCGUGGCCAGCACUGUCCUUCCUUCUGGGGCUCUGAUGUGUGACUGCCCUCGGGGCUAUGAGCUGAAGAACAACACUUGUGUCAAAGAAGAAGACACCUGUCUGCGCAACCAGUACCGCUGCAGCAAUGGGAACUGUAUCAACAGCAUCUGGUGGUGUGAUUUCGACAACGACUGUGGAGACAUGAGUGACGAGAGAAACUGCCCUACCACCAUCUGUGAUCUGGACACCCAGUUCCGUUGCCAGGAGUCAGGGACCUGCAUCCCACUCUCCUACAAAUGUGACCUUGAGGAUGACUGCGGGGACAACAGUGAUGAAAGUCACUGUGAAAUGCACCAGUGUCGGAGCGAUGAAUACAACUGCAGCUCCGGCAUGUGCAUCCGCUCCUCCUGGGUGUGCGACGGAGACAACGACUGCAGGGACUGGUCUGAUGAAACCAACUGCACAGCCAUCUCUCACACCUGCGAGGCCUCCAACUUCCAGUGCCGCAAUGGGCAUUGCAUCCCGCAGCGGUGGGCGUGCGACGGUGAUGCCGAUUGCCAGGAUGGCUCCGAUGAGGAUCCAGCCAACUGCGAGAAGAAGUGCAAUGGAUUUCGCUGCCCAAACGGCACCUGCAUCCCAACCACCAAGCACUGUGACGGUCUGCACGACUGCUCCGAUGGCUCAGACGAGCAGCACUGUGAGCCCCUCUGCACGCGCUUCAUGGACUUUGUGUGCAAGAACCGUCAGCAGUGCCUGUUCCACUCCAUGGUGUGUGACGGGAUCAUCCAGUGCCGCGACGGCUCCGAUGAGGACCCAGCCUUUGCAGGAUGCUCCCAAGAUCCCGAGUUCCAUAAGGUCUGUGAUGAGUUUGGGUUCCAGUGUCAGAAUGGUGUGUGCAUCAGCUUGAUCUGGAAGUGCGAUGGGAUGGACGACUGCGGCGAUUACUCGGAUGAAGCCAACUGUGAAAACCCCACGGAAGCCCCCAACUGCUCCCGCUACUUCCAGUUCCACUGUGACAAUGGCCACUGCAUCCCCAACAGGUGGAAAUGUGACAGGGAGAAUGACUGUGGAGACUGGUCCGACGAGAGGGACUGUGGAGAUUCGCAUAUCUUCCCAUCUCCGACACCUGCACCUUCCACGUGUCUGCCCAAUUAUUACCGCUGCAGUGGUGGGGCCUGCGUGAUAGACACCUGGGUUUGUGACGGGUACCGAGAUUGUGCAGAUGGAUCUGACGAGGAAGCCUGCCCCUCAUUCGCCAAUGCCACUGCUACAUCCGCCCCCUCCCAGCUUGGACGUUGUGACCGAUUUGAGUUUGAGUGCCAGCAGCCAAAGAAGUGUAUCCCUAACUGGAGGCGCUGUGAUGGCCACCAGGACUGCCAGGACGGCCAGGAUGAGGCCAAUUGCCCCACACACAGUACCUUGACCUGCAUGAGCUGGGAGUUCAGGUGUGAGGAUGGCGAGGCUUGCAUCGUGCUCUCGGAGCGCUGUGACGGCUUCCUGGACUGCUCAGAUGAGAGUGAUGAGAAGAACUGCAGUGAUGAGUUAACUGUAUACAAAGUGCAGAACCUUCAGUGGACAGCUGACUUCUCGGGGAAUGUAACUUUGACCUGGAUGCGGCCCAAAAAAAUGCCCUCUGCUGCUUGCGUAUACAAUGUCUACUAUAGAGUGGUUGGAGAGAGCAUGUGGAAGACUCUGGAGACCCACAGCAAUAAGACUAACACUGUGUUGAAAGUAUUGAAACCAGAUACCACCUACCAGGUUAAAGUGCAGGUUCAGUGUCUAAGCAAGGUACAUAACACCAAUGACUUUGUGACGCUGAGGACUCCAGAGGGAUUGCCAGAUGCCCCUCAGAAUCUCCAGCUGUCACUGCACAGUGAAGAAGAAGGUGUGAUCGUGGCUCACUGGACCCCUCCUCUCCACACUCACGGCCUCGUUCGUGAAUACAUUGUAGAGUGUAGCAGGAGUGGUUCCAAGAUGUGGACCUCCCAAAGAGCUGCUAGUAAUUCAACAGAAAUAAAGAACUUGGUGGUCAACGCACUGUACACCAUCAGAGUGGCUGCGGUGACUAGUCGUGGGAUAGGAAACUGGAGCGAUUCCAAAUCCAUUACCACCAUAAAAGGAAAAGUGAUCCCACCGCCCAAUAUCCACAUUGACAGCUAUGAUGAAAAUUCUCUGAGUUUUACCCUGACCGUGAAUGGGAACAUCAAGGUGAAUGGCUACGUGGUGAACCUUUUCUGGGCAUUUGAUGCCCACAAACAAGAGAAGAAAACCAUGAAUUUCCAAGGGAGCAUACUGUCCCAUAAAGUUGGCAAUCUGACAGCACAGACAUCCUAUGAGAUUUCCGCCUGGGCUAAGACUGACUUGGGCGAUAGUCCUCUGUCAUUUGAGCAUGUCACAACCAGAGGGGUUCGCCCACCUGCUCCUAGCCUCAAGGCCAAGGCUGUCAAUCAGACUGCGGUGGAAUGCACCUGGACUGGCCCCAGGAAUGUGGUAUAUGGUAUUUUCUAUGCCACAUCCUUCCUGGACCUCUACCGCAACCCAACCAGCUUGACCACUCCACUGCACAAUGCAACCGUGAUCGUCGGUAAGGAUGAGCAGUAUUUGUUCCUGGUCCGGGUGGUAAGACCCUACCAAGGGCCAUCCUCAGACUAUGUUGUUGUGAAGAUGAUCCCAGACAGCAGGCUUCCUCCUCGGCACCUGCACGCAGUUCACACAGACAAAACCUCGGCUGUCAUCAAGUGGGAGUCGCCCUAUGACUCUCCUGACCAGGACCUGUUCUAUGCCAUCACCAUCAAAGAUCUCAUUCGGAAGGUGGACAGGAGCUACAAAGUCAAGUCCCGCAAUAGCACUGUGGAGUAUACCCUGAGCAAGUUGGAGCCUGGAGGAAAGUACAACAUCAUUGUGCAGCUGGGGAACAUGAGUAAAGAUACCAGUAUCAAAAUCACCACCGUACCAUUAUCAGCACCUGAUGCCUUAAAAAUCAUAACAGAAAAUGACCACGUUCUUCUAUUUUGGAAAAGCCUAGCUUUAAAGGAAAAGCAUUUUAAUGAAAGCAGGGGCUACGAGAUACACAUGUUUGACAGUGCCAUGAAUGUCACCGCAUACCUCGGGAAUACAACUGACAAUUUCUUUAAAAUUUCUAACCUGAAGCUGGGUCAUAAUUACACGUUCACUGUGCAGGCGAGGUGCCUUUUUGGCAGCCAGAUCUGCGGGGAGCCUGCCAUCCUGCUGUAUGACGAGCUGGGCUCUGGUGGAGAUGCAUCGGCAAUGCAGACUGCCAAGUCUACCGAUGUGGCUGCCGUGGUGGUGCCCAUCCUGUUCCUGAUACUGCUUAGCCUGGGGGUCGGGUUUGCCAUCCUGUACACAAAGCAUCGGAGGCUGCAGAGUAGCUUCACCGCUUUCGCCAAUAGCCACUACAGCUCCAGACUGGGCUCAGCAAUCUUCUCCUCUGGCGAUGACCUGGGGGAAGAUGAUGAAGAUGCUCCUAUGAUCACUGGAUUUUCAGAUGACGUCCCCAUGGUGAUAGCCUGAAAGAGCUUUCCUCACUAGAAACCAAAUGGUGUCAAUAUUUUAUUUGAUAAAGAUAGUUGAUGGUUUAUUUUAAAAGAUGCACUUUGAGUUGCAAUAUGUUAUUUUUAUAUGGGCCAAAAACAAAAACAAAAACAAAAAAAACAAAAACAAAAAAAGGAAUGAAUAAAUUUUGUAGUCAUCAACUGUGAACUUCAAGCCAGGUUGAUUUUUAGUAGCCAAAUUGCUUUGAUUUUGACAUUAAUGUAGUCUUACAGGGCUGUGCUUGCUGGGCAUGCUUUUAAGUCUGUGAGAUAGUUUUGUUUCAAUAAAUUGGCCAUUCUUUUUAUUUUUCUAAGACACAGAAAUGUAUUUAAUAAAAACUGCAAAAGAAUGAGGGGUGGGAUCCCUUCUCCUUGAAGUAUGCUCAACUUUGAUAUUUUGUUCGGAUUUAGUUUCUAUGAAGGUGUUGGGUGUACAAAUGGGGAGAAUUUGUUUGUGUUACUUUGUUAAUUUAUUGAGACUCUGUAUUCAGGUGGGUCCACACAUCAUGUGGGAGCCCCUUGUCCUGAGGUCCAGGGUAGGGAAGAGAAGUGUCUGGGCUGGCUUCGUGGAAACAGCUGCACUGUCAUUCACUUGCGUUUCACCAGAGGGUCUUUGGUGGGCGAGCACACUGGGUCACAGCUGGAUUUCACUUAAACAGAGCUGCAGCCUGGGAAGCCUGCGAGCCGAAAGACUCUUCUAUCCACUGGUGGACUCGGACCGCAUAUGCCUCUGUACAAGAUAUAGCUUUGAAAGCUGCAAAACGCUAACACUGCUUUAUUGUACACUGGUCUCAUGGUCAUUGCAAAAACUUACUCUGGUUGCGGGGGAGAGUUCUAGAUCAGGGCCGUGCUUUAGAUAGACUGGCAAAUGUGGUACCUAGUUUCUCCAUUUUCAAACUUUUUUUUUUUAACCUACCACUCUGAAGAAUCGCCAGUACAAAAUUUAGCUUGAGUUUAGGUGGCCAUUUAAUUGUCCUUACAAAUCUGUACCAAUGUGCCCAGCCAUUAUGAAUGGGAUCAGCUGUCUCUCUCUGUCUGUCUUCCCCCUUCUACCUCUGUCUCCUGUGGCCCACCCCGUCUGAAGAGCAAGUGUUUGCGACACCCUCACAGACCAGAAAGACCUUGACAUCUGCCUGCCCCGACCAGUGAACGCUCGCAGCACCUCUACAUUGUGUUCAGUUACUUUCUCUGUCAAACAAGCAGUGCUUCCCACACUCCCCACCCCCCCCCCACCUUCUGCUGUGAAUAAGCCACCCCUACAUCAAAUCAUGGCCACUUGAGAGUUAUAUAGAAUUCGCUGGAUUGAUGCCUACCUGCGGACUUGGUGUCAUAGGCAUCAGGGUCUGCCAUUGCUGUGACUUACACUGUAUGAACCUCACUGUGGAAUCCCCCACCUACCCACCCACCCAGUGCACAGCAGUGAGCUCUGGGUUUCCUCCAGAGUCAUGCCCAUAAGUGUGUGUCCUUGAUAUGCAAGCUUUGUCAACCCCAUUCCUACUUAGGGGCAGCGCAUCCGUUCUCACCAGUGUUUGGUCUCUCUUAACCAAAAUUAUCAUUCUUGGGUGAUAAUAUAGUUUCAUUCUGCUUACUGCGUAUGUGAUUGUUUAAGAAACCCAGAAGGAGCCAGUUAAAAUUUUUUAGCUUUUAGAACUUUUAUUUAGGUAUAUGUAUUAGAUGAGGAGUGUUUUCAACUGUAGAUAUUUAGUAUGCCAGGUAGGUAAGGCUCUCGGAUUUGUUUUAGCAAGUGAUGGUUAAUCAUGGGCCUCUCUCCUGCAUAUUUUUCCCUUCAUCCCUAGCACGCUCCUCUUUAAUUUUUGGAAGACUGGAAUCUCUUUGGCUUUCUCUUGUCUUGCCUUGGAGUUUUGUUCCAAGCAUCAAGCCCUACCACCUCCGCUUUAAUAAGCUCUAAGGCAGCUGAAAGACUAGCAGUCUGGUGGGAGGCAAAAAAGCAUUUAAUGAAACUACUAGAAAAUGUAUUUUCUUCUUUUCUGUUUUCUGCCAACUUUUGGGUGGCAUUUGUGAAAGGCUCCGAGAUGUUAUUUUCAAUUGUUCCAUAGGCAAGCCUUUUUUUUUUUCUUUUUGCAAAACAUAUGUCUCCAUUUGGCAACUGAAGAUGUUUUGAGCAUCUUCUCGGUUACCAGUGCCUCCCGACACUUCCUGCACAGUACUGUAUGGACUGGCCCCAGCCCCUCUCCCUGGAAAAUGUCACUGUGCUGUUUGAAAACAAGCAGCCUUUUAGGGCUAGAGUAUUUUAUAUAAACAGAAGAGCUAAGUUCCUGCAGACUAAGCUAGAUAGAUGCAGCUAUGUGUAAAUUGUAUAUUUUUAUGAACACUUAAAGCACACACUCCUAUUUCCCUCUUUGUAGCUUUGUGGGGUUUUGAUGUGUAUUUGCCGUCUGUGAGAGCCUGGAAAUCAGAGCGACGGUGGAAAAGGAGAACUAAUACUGUGUGCAGCCUGGGAAGGUGACCUGAUGACUGUUUUCCCUGAGACCACCGGGGGCCCCUGGUGGCUUAUGUCGCAGGAGUUUUUUUAACCAGGUUGGCCAUGCCACCUUGCCAGUUCAUACCAUACAGGGAAAAAUAUAUUUUGUCCGCCAGAAAACAUCCUUCCCAUGGACCACAGUGAGCCACACGAAAAUGGCUGGCCGGGGCUUGGGAUGAGUUGACUGGAGAUGAAGUUGCUGUUGCCGGGUUCAGUACUGAAUGUUCCUUAAGCUCUGUGAGUCAUGAAUGCAUGUGGGUAAAAUGCCAGAGCUGAGUUCUACAGAACACUCCAUGCACUCCAGGCAGAGGCCCCGUCUGUGCAUGCCUGGACGUAGAGGGUCCUCCCGUGUUUCCUGGCUGCCCUGGCAAACUGCAGGAGUUGCUACUGAGUAGCUAACUGAAACUUCAGACUUGUGGGAAAGCAGUUGUGAUUGGGGUUCCAUCGCUGGUCAUGGCACUGGGAUACAUGGGAAGUCUGGGUGGGAACAAUGCGUGUUCUCUCCCGCACAUCCCGGGUGGCCCAUGAGAUCAGGCCAUACUCAGCAGUUUGGGGAAUGCAGUCCUUCCCUAUUAAGGGGAUGGGAGAGCAGUGCUGUGUUGAGCCUUUUAUGGCUAAUCAUCCACUUCUCAGAUACCCACUCUGUGGUCCCUUCACCAGGCACGACUGCAUUUCCAGAACUUCCUUCAGGCAGAAUCCACAUCCCAUCAGGUUGGUUGAGCUUUUCCCACUAGAGGGCUCCUGGUGAAUUCCUGAGAAUUCUCUUCUUUCUCAGAAGGCUAAAGCAUGGGUGUGCCUCAGAGGUUAGAGAUGGGACCAGAGUGAGUAGCAGCCCCACACUGAUUUUACAAGUUUACCUUCAGACUCUGCAAAACCUUUCUUUCUGUUGGCAUUGUAUCUUGACAUUCCUGUUCUGUUCUGUUUCCUAACUGGAGUGUGUGCUGCUUUUCAGGUACAAUUUUUGUGUAAUAAAAGCCAGUGCAUUACGUUUAUAUAGACUACUUUCUAUGCAAGCCUGAGAUAUGGGAUAGCAAGAGAUACAUAAGAUUGGGUACACAGAUGUUUUCAGGCAUGCCACGGUGAACACAGAUUGAGGGAGGGUUAAUUGUAUAUAGGUUUCUGCCCACUGAUUCUGAGCAGCCAUAUUAUGAAUUAAUCAUCAGAGCCAAGUAAUAACCCAAGAAUGGUAUUAGCUUCAUGUGUAAUCGUUCAAACGGAAUGAGCAUGAACGCGGAAGUGGGACAUUAUCCUCAGAUAUUCCAUGUCACUUCUCAUUUAAAAACUCUUGCUAAAAACCAUUAGAAACGUGUAAGCAAAAUCAAAAGUAUUUGCAGCAAAAUAAAGGCAGAUUCUGCUCUCAUUUCAAGUGAAACACUGUAUACCCACUGUAUAUUCCAAAGUGAAAUUAGGUAUUUAUAAUUUCAAUUGCCUUGAUAAGUUUCCAAGUCACUGACUUCUGCUGAAGGUUUUACUAUAUUGUUGCACAAUUUUAAGAUAAUCUUUGUCUCAAUGUCAACUUUUUUCACUGAAUAAAAAUUUAACUAGGUCAGGAAGACACCUGUUUGAAAAUCUACUCUCUAUACAUGUCUCGCGUUGUUCUUUUGAGUGCAAUAAAGAUGGCUAAUGCA